AUAAAGAAGGCUUUGACAUGAAUUGGACUAAUACGAUUCGCGCACCGACGAAAUAAGAGCCGGAAUCAUGAGGAAAUAUCAGAUUUACGUGAUUUGUUUUGUUGUUUUGGCUUUUGCCGCUGCCACAGCUACAAGAGUUUGCAGCAACAGAAAUAUCUUGUGCUCUGUGGUUAGAUCAACUAGUUGUUCAAAGAAAAUCGUUUCCAGUCAUUGCCCAAGGCUUUGCAACACAUGUGGAGCAAAAUGUCGAAACAUAAAGGCGUCAAUGCGCGUUGAUUGUGGCUACCAUGGAAGUAGUCCGUUGGAUUGCUUGAGAAAGGGAUGUUGUUAUGGCGAAUUAAAGGUGGCUGGCCCGUGGUGUUAUCAUCGAAAAGCAAACUGUCCCAUGAUUGAAGCAAACAAACGUGAAGAUUGUGGUUACCCUGGGAUAAGCAAAUCAGAUUGCGUCAAAAAAGGAUGCUGUUACAACGCGAUCAAGGAAAAGGGACCGUGGUGUUAUUACAGGCAAGGUAAGUUGUUCCGCUCUUACUGAUUAGGUAUUUUGAAAGCAUUGUGUACUCUUCUAUCCGUAUUUUUGUUUUUAGAAAAAUGCCGGAAAAUUGCAGCAACAAGACGUCAUGAUUGUGGUUAUCCAGGCAUAACGAAGCGGGCAUGCGAGAAGAAAGGCUGUUGUUAUAGUGAAUUGCUAAACCAAAGUGGACCGUGGUGCUACCACCGCCUAG